UCAUUAUAUUUGCAUUUUUAAUUUCAAAUUGUUCGGUUGUCUAUUAAGAGUAUUUAAGAAAAAUUAAAAUGAAACAAAAUUUUCGAACUGAACCGAGUGAAGGUUUUGGCGUAACUCCAAAAGGAUUUGUUAAAGUUUUUCUAAAAAGCAAUGAACAUUUGCCACAGGAUAUCGAUGUAGAAAAUAGAUUUGGAAUUUUUCCUGCAGAAGGAGAAGAAUAUUUUGAUCAAAUUCGAAAUUUCCAAGUUCGAAAAGAUGACGUUUGGGUGAUAACAAUGCCAAAAAGUGGUACAACAUGGAUGUUGGAAAUGGUCUGGUUGUUGGCUAAUGAUUUUAAUUAUGAAGAAGCUGGGAAAACUGAUCAAAGGGAACGAUGUCGCUAUGUAGAAUAUGUUGCAAUAUAUCCUUCAUCUAAAUCAAUUGAACUGGGUAAUAACAUGAAAUCACCACGUGUUUUAAAAUCACAUUUACCAAUGCAUAUGUUACCCAAAGGUCUUUGGACUGUUAAACCGAGGAUUGUUUAUGUAGCUCGAGAUCCUAGAGACACAAUUGUUUCAUACUAUCACUUCAUGACCGGGCUCGGAAUGAAACCUCCUAGCGUUGAGAUCUUUGCAAAUGAUAUUAUUAAUAAUAGAACAAUCUAUAGCCCAUUUUGGUCUCAUGUUUUAGAAUUUUGGAAUAUUCGUAAUCAACCUAAUGUUUAUUUUACAAGUUUCGAACGAAUGAAAAAAGACAUGAAAAAUGAGAUAGUGAAAGUAGGCAAGCUUCUGGGAAAGACUGUGAGCGAGGAACAAAUGGAUAAGCUUGUUGAGCAUUUGAAAUUCGAUAAAAUGAAACAUAAUAAUUCUUGCAAUAAUGUCAAAGAGGUUGCAAUUCUUCAAAGACUUAAUGGGAUCGAAGAAAAACCUUUAGGAGUAUUUAUUCGAAGAGGUCAAGUUGGUUCUUAUAAAGAAGACUUAAGUAAUGAUUUGAUAAAAAUGCUCGAUGAUUGGACUCAAAAAUCACUGAAACCAUUCGGAGUUACGGCUGAAGAAAUUUUGUUUUCAUAACAUUUUUUUUUUUUUUUUAUUUUACAUCUUUAUACUUUUGUAUGUAUUUAUUUAUGUUGUAAUAAAUAUCAAUAUUUUAGUGUUA